GGGCCCUCCCGCUGCAGGCCGCCGCCGCCGCGCGGAGCCUCCGGGACAACCAGGUAAAUGAGAUUAGUGGAUUGGCUGCAGCAGUUUACAGCCCGCUGAGCGUCCUCGGUGCCUCGCGAGGAAACUACAGGAUUCUGAUCUGUAGCUGUUGGAAAUACACAGCCUGUCAGCCAUGCUGAGCGGCUUCCUGGAGGGCCUCCUCUGCUGCCUCGCCUCCAAGUCGGCGAACAUCGUGGCUCCCGCCGAGUCCUCCGAGUCCGCCGACGGCUACGAGUUUGUGGAGGUGAAGCCGGGCCGCGUGCUCCGGGUCCGGCACGUCGUCCCCGAUCGGCCGCUGCUGGAGGAGCCCGCCGGGCCCGGCGGCACCGUCAGCUGCAAGCGAAAGAUCACGGUGUAUCGCAACGGGCAGCUCUUCAUCGAGAACCUGGGAGAGCGGGCGAGCGCCGAGCUUAAAGCCGCCCAGAACGGAGAGGCGGAGCCUCAGAACGCGGCCGAGGGCCAACCGGCGGACCGCGGGAAGGUCGGCGACCCCGAGGCCGGGUCCGAGUCUGUCAGACCGGCCAGAGGGGAGGCUUCGCCUGCAGUACCGCAGCCUCCCUCCAGGAGGCGCCGGAGGAAGCCCAAGCGCACCGUGGUGAUCGACUGCGAGAGGAAGAUCUCGUGCUGCAGGGGGACGCACGCCGACGUGGCGCUGUUCUUCAUCCACGGCGUGGGCGGCUCCCUGGACAUCUGGACCAGCCAGGUGGACUUCUUUUCGCGGCUGGGCUACGAGGUGAUCUGCCCCGACCUGGCGGGUCACGGGGCCAGCGCCGCGCCGCGGGUCGCCGCCGCGUACACGUUCUAUGCGCUGGCCGACGACCUGAGGCUCAUCUUCAAGAGAUACGCACGCAAGAGGAACAUCCUCAUCGGACAUUCCUACGGGGUGUCGUUCUGCACCUUCCUGGCCCACGAGUUCCCGGAGCAGAUCCACAAGAUGGUGAUGAUCAACGGCGGCGGGCCCACGGCUCUGGAGCCGAGCCUCUGCUCCGUCUUCAACCUGCCCACCUGUGUGCUGCACUGCCUCGCCCCGCUGCUGGCCUGGAGCUUCCUCAAGGCUGGCUUCGCCCAGCAGGGGGCCAAGGAGAAGCAGCUGCUGAGAGACAACAACGCCUUCAACGUGUCGCCCUUCGUGCUGCGCUCCACGAUGAGCGGGCAGUACUGGCCCGAGGGCGACGAGGUCUACCACGCCGAGCUCACUGUGCCCGUCCUGCUGGUCCAUGGCAUGCACGACAAGUUCGUCCCCAUCGAGGAGGACCAGCGCAUGGCCGAGAUCCUGCUGAUGGCCUUCCUGAAGGUCCUGGAGGACGGCAGUCACAUGGUGAUGAUGGAGUCUCCGGAGGCCGUCAACACGCUGCUGCACGAGUUCAUCCUGUGGGAGCCGGCCGCCGCGCCGCCAAAGAAAGAGUCCAAAAAAACACGUCCGGAAACGGCUCAGACCCGAUCCACGGCUGCACCGGAGCCUCCGGAGGUCCUGCCUGCAACCGCCAGGCAGACCUCCUCGAUCAGCAAGAAGUGAUUCGAGAGUAAAGCCGAGUGAAGCUCCACCGUAGGACCUCAUGCUCUGUGUGGAGCCGGAUCAUCUGAGCUGGUUUUUUAAAGCUGGUGAACCUGAAGCUGCUGAGCCCAACGGGCCGGUCAUCUGGAACAGGGUCCAUCUAAAGAUGUGACUCGGUGCAGGAAAAAAGAAGUUUGGGUCUUGGAUGCUGGAGCUCGACAGCUUCCUCUACACGUACAUCAGGGAAGAAGAUGGCGCUGUGCCUUGAGGUGGAGGAGGGUGGAGAUGAUGCCUGCUGGGGACUCGGACACCAGCAGGAUCCUCACGUUCAUUCAGGGUGGAAACUAAGAGACACAAUUGGACCUUUAUGGACCAAUCAAAAGGUGUCCCUCUGUCACCCUGACAGCUGCGCCUUUAUAAAGGUCUGAUUAAAUAAAGCGACAUUAACCCUUUAUCUGGCGAGGAACCAAAUAUGGUAACUUCGUUGAUUGCUAAAAACGAUAUAUUUCUCUCACAACAGUAAAACAGUAUUUUGAUGUCCUCCAAUAGCGCCGUAGUGUUGACAUUUUGAAUUUCAAAGAGUGCCCCAUAAAGGGUUAAUGAUCUGUAUGAAACGUGCUCCUGGUUGACCACCAGGGGGCAGUCACGCUGCAAAGCCAAACAUCCCAAUGGAAACAAGUGGGACACUGAACCUCAUGUGUUUGACUCCUUGUUGUGACAUGUUAAGGUAGCUGUGCGUGUGCGUGCGUGUGUGUUUUAUUCCAUCACAUUUAAAUGAUAGAUUUUAAACCUAACGUCUCAUAGAGGUGAGAGUUUAGAACGGACACACAGGGUUUAAUGAUGCACACACACACACACAUAAAGGCACUUCUUAUUUAGAAGUGUAUAUUAAUAUUAUAUUUACACAAUGCAAUAGAAGGUGAAAGCACAAUACUCUUGUACAUAAUAAUAAGAUUUAUAUUGGGAUGCAUAAGGGAAGAGACUGCAGGAAUACACCCCAAACUGCAACACACUAGUUUGUUAACUAUAUAUUUCUAUUUAUUGAAAGAAAGAAAAAUUCAGAUAAUAUAUUUAUUAAUAAUAAUAAUAUUAUAUAUAUUUAAGAUAACAUAUUUAUGAAUAAUAUAUAUAUAUAUAGCCACGUGCUGUUGCUGUAGCAUCUUUGGUUAUUAAACUAACGGUGACAUAUUUAUGAACUUCCACGUGGUAAAAUAUAUUUCAUCUAUUGCAACAACAAAAUAAAACAACUGUCAGCAGUUGUUUGACCUAUUAAAUGUAUUUAAUUUUCUUUUGCUGUAACGAGUCGGUGCAAGAAUACGGUAAUUAAUUAUUUUAUUGCUAAAAAUGUAUAUUUAUUUAUUCCCUAAACUGCUAUUCUACAAUGUAUUUUUUUACUUGGAGGAAUAAAGUUAAGCUCUAAUAUAUUAGUUUUAUAUCAUUGCAAUUUUUUUACUAUUGCGUCUGCGUCAGACAAAAAUAAAUAAAAAGUCCUAUAACUAUAAAUGAAUAAACUAAAUUAAAUCCUCUUAGCGUUAUUCACAAUGUUCUGAAACUUCUCUUAUAAUACGGGUAGAUGAAAUGAAGCGUUCUGAUUGGUUGAGUGAAUACAGCUAGAAGUCUAUGUGUAUGAUUGUAAGUCCGCUAAAUGAAAUGUUGAUGCUUUUUAUUUAGAUUAUUAUUUUUUAUACAUUGUAUUUCUGUAUAUAUGUACGUUAUGGUAUUUAGAGAUUUAAAGGACAUAUAGCAACAAUGUCAACGAAUCAAUUCAAAUGUCUUACGUCACAUAAACGUGAUAUAUAUAUAUAUAUAUAUAUUUGUAUUUAGACUUAACUAAAGAUCAUAAUUGAUCAUUUCCAUGUCCGGACGCUUUGUUUUUAUGUCAUAAUUUGAGGAAAAUGUUAAUUUUUGUAUCGUGUGUGUCUUAAAGUUUGUAACCGAUUGCCUUUGAAGAAAAAUGAUAAUAACUCAAAAGUAAAUGCAGAUUAAAAAUUGUAUCAAAAGUAAA